AUGCAGGUGUUUACUCAGAAUUUGCUCACUAGUAGUGUGAAGCGUGGUUGUAUACAGUGUAGUACAGGCAAGUUUUUAGUAUUAUUAAUGAUUGGUGGUUUAGCAUAUCUUGUGCUAACUCAUACAAGUCCCGUCUAUUCUUCUUCUGAUGGUCACGUGAAAGAUGUUGUGUCCAAGGAAGGGGAUGGAGUCACCUUGAAUGGUACCAGUAGAUUUGGAAGAUUUUUGAGAAGACCGCCAAAGCUCCCUCCUCAACUAUCACCAGAUGAAAUACUUAGUAGAGAGAGAUCUUUUCAUAAGCAGGAGAAGAAAAAAGCAGGAUCUGAAUGGACAGCUAGGCAGCAAAGUGUCAAGAAGGCAUUUAUCCAUGCAUGGUCUGGCUAUAAACAUUACGCAAUGGGUUAUGAUGAACUUAUGCCACUGAGCCGGAAAGGAAUUGAUGGUUUAGGAGGUCUAGGUGCUACUGUUGUUGAUGCUUUAGACACAGCCAUGAUAAUGGAUCUUGAUGAUAUUGUGUUUGAAGCAGGUUCGUGGAUUGAAACAAACCUUCCAGAUAGGCUUAAUCAGAGAGGCCAAGUUAACUUAUUUGAAACUACCAUUCGUGUUCUGGGUGGUCUUCUGAGUGCUUAUCAUUUGAGUGGCGGAGAACAAGGGGAAAAUCCAAUUCACAAGGGACCUAAACCAAUUGUCUAUUUAGAGAAUGCUAGGAACUUGGCUGAUCGUCUGCUAACUGCAUUUACAUCAAGUCCGACUGCUAUUCCCUUCAGCGACGUCAUUCUACGCGAUCACUCAGCACAUCCUGCUCCUGAUGGACUGAGCAGCACUUCAGAAGUUUCCAGUUUACAGCUUGAGUUCAAUUAUCUCAGUUCUCUUACUGGCGAUCCAAAAUACACUUUGGAAGCCAUGAAGGUUUUGGAACAUAUGAAGACUCUCCCAAAAGUUGAGGGACUGGUUCCUAUUUAUGUAAGCCCUAGCUCAGGUCAGUUUAAUGGAGAAAAUAUUAGACUGGGAUCUCGUGGGGACAGCUAUUAUGAGUACCUUCUUAAAGUGUGGCUUCAACAUCGGGAAAGUAAUUGGACAUAUUUGUAUGAUAUGUAUGAAGAAGCAAUGAAGGGUGUCAGGCACCUUCUUGUUCGAAAAUCUAUCCCGAAUGAAUUGGUUUUCGUGGGAGAAUUGCCUUUUGGGCCUAAUGGUGCUUUUAGUCCCAAAAUGGAUCACCUGGUGUGUUUCCUACCUGGUACUCUUGCGCUUGGUGCCACCAAAGGCCUUACAAAGGAAAAGGCUAUGAAAGGCAACUUGCUAAAGUUUGAAGACAUAGAAAAUCUGAAGCUUGCAGAAGAUCUCGCUAAGACUUGUUUUGAGAUGUAUUCUGUAACUUCCACAGGCCUUGCUCCAGAAAUUGCUCAUUUCAAUGUGGAGGGAAACUCUGAAGAGGGCCUUGAUGGUGGAAACAAGAGUUCAAAAUAUGUGAAUGACAUAAUUAUCAAACAUGCUGAUCGUCACAAUCUCUUGCGUCCUGAAACUGUUGAAUCACUGUUCAUAUUGUAUCGUAUCACAGAAGAUCCAAAAUAUCGUGAAUGGGGUUGGGAGAUCUUUGAGGCAUUUGAGAAAUAUACAAAGGUUGAUUCUGGAGGUUACACUUCUCUAGAGGAUGUCACCAUGCUUCCUCCACAAAAGAGAGACAAGAUGGAGACCUUUUUCUUGGGUGAAACCCUGAAGUAUUUAUACUUGCUGUUUGGCGACAGCAACCUUAUUCCAUUGGAUCAGUUUGUUUUUAACACAGAAGCUCAUCCUAUUCCAAUUAAAGGCAGUACUAAGAGAGAGUGACAUUUUGACUGCAGCAGAAGCAGUUUUACGAGUUAAAGCAUUUAGGAACUCUGAAUUCCAUUGUUGCAACUGGAAGUAAUAGACGCCUGGCUAUGAUGUUGGCAGAUUUUAGAGGUGGCUCUCUACUUGAUUGCUUUCUUCUCCAAUGCAUCAGUGGCUUGGCCGACACCCGUUUUGUCACACUGGGAGAACCCAACGGAGAGAGAAUUUUUUGGAAGUCCUUAUUUUUUAGGCCCAUUAGAUCAGUGCAAUUUUACGAGAUGUUUACCCCCCUCCAUAGCUAUAGAAUCGAGCAAUUAGUGGAGCUUUUCCUGCUGUAAUGAUUUAAGGGUAAUCAGUAAUAGACUUUUUUAGCCCCCCCCCCCCCCCCCCCAAAUAUUACCCAUCUGGAGAGAAUUUAAAUUAUUAGCCAACUUUGUCAGAAUCUGUAACUAUAUACAGUUGCUUAAGCUUCAAGCUCUCUGCAUGUGUGCAGUAUAGCAUUUCAAUAAUCAUUUCGUUACAUUACAAUCUCUAAUUUCACCCUCAUUUGCAAGAAGAAACAGAUGGUCCCCAUCUCGAAUGACACUUAUGUCAUCUAUUUCUGCAUUCUCCGAAUUCACUACUUUUGUAAAAUUGUAGCCCCCAAACUUUUGACCUGCAGUUCCAUAAGAAGCAAGUAACAAGUAGGUAAAGCAUCAAGAAAUAAACAUGCUAUCACUGGAACAGUGUAGCCUCUUAAUUUCAAGGUUUGAUCUUUGUUUGUAUGUUGGCUUUUCGUUUUCAUUUGCACUUGAAUUUAUCUCCGAGUCGCUAAAACUAAUAAAUUUGUAAGUCUAAAUUUCAGGUGCAUAUUCAAGUUGCUGAUAUGUUGAGCGAAUCUUACCUGCAACCAUCAACAGUUCUUCAAGUGAAUCAGGU